CAUGUUCGGGGCUCCGCGAGUGGCUCCACUUCCAUUGUGUUCUCGGUUGGCUGACCGUCCUCCAGCCCGGCCGGGAGAGCAGCUCCUCGCCUCCGCCCUCCUCUCCUCCCCCGCCGCUGUCGUCACCCGUCCUCCCCUAGAAAAGGUACAUGGAGGAAAAGGAGCGGAGCGGAGCGGUCCGCCGGCCUCAGGAGCCCUUCUAGCCCGCCCGGCAUCUCGGUCACGCACUCGACACAAUGAAGGCUCUAGGGUCUCUAAGCCGGGCGGCCGCGGUCCCCAGUGUCUGGCAGCGGACGGGUGGCGGCGCUGCGGCGCGCACUCAGCUCCGCCCGGGUUUUGGCCUCCUGUUUGACGUUGAUGGCGUCCUUGUACGGGGCAAGACACCUAUACCGGCUGCCAAGAAGGCCUUCCAAAAACUCCUCAGUCCUCAGGGGCGGUUUGUCGUGCCCGUUGUUUUCGUCACAAACGCAGGGAACUGCCUUCGCCAAACGAAAGCUGAUCAGCUAUCGCACAUUCUAGGCGUUCCGAUUUCCCAGGACCAGGUCAUGAUGUCACACAGUCCUCUGAGAAUGUUCAAGAAGUACCACGACAAGUGCGCGUUGGUGUCGGGACAGGGGCCGGUUCUGGAUAUUGCCAAGAACCUGGGCUUUCAGAAAGUGGUCACCGUCGACAUGCUGCGGGAUUCAUUUCCACUGCUUGACAUGGUCGACCACAACAGACGUCCAAAGCUUCCGUCAUCUUCUAUUGUAAACUUUCCAAAGGUUGAAGUUGUUAUCCUCUUCGGGGAGCCAAUUCGAUGGGAGACAAAUCUGCAGCUGAUCAUCGAUGUGCUGCUCACCAAUGGGAACCUGAGCAGUGCCCAGCAGUACCAGACUGACCCUCAUUUACCCCUCCUUGCCUGUAACAUGGACCUGAUGUGGAUGGCAGAGGCACAGUCGCCACGAUUUGGUCACGGAACCUUCCUGGUUUGCCUAGAGAAUGUCUACAAAAAAAUUACUGGAAAAGACUUGAAAUAUGAGGCUCUAAUGGGAAAGCCAAGCGAGCUGACUUAUCACUAUGCUGAACGCCUGAUCCGGAAGCAGGCUGCCGAGAGGGGCUGGAGGUCACCCAUCAAGUGCCUGUAUGCCAUUGGGGACAACCUCAUGACUGACAUCUAUGGUGCUAACCUGUACAACCGCUGCUUGGAGGAGAGGAGCUCCAGCAAGAGCUUAAAGGUGGUGUCCAAGGCUUUCGUUGGUACCGGGUCCUCCACUACACUGGCCCAGGAGGAGGUUGUGGAGAACACCUGGGAAAGCGUGUUAGCAGCUCCCUCGGCCACCUCCUGCAAGUCCAUCCUGGUUUGCACUGGGGUCUAUAAUCCCCACAUGGAAGUGCCCCCCGAUGCCAGCCGCUGCAUCAAGGAGACCGUGUUCCACGGACACAGGGACUUUCGCUUUGACCCGGUGCUAGUGGAACCCACCUACGUCGUCCAGGAUGCUGACGCAGCUGUGGAGCUCAUUUUCCAGAGGGAGAAGUUCGUGCCUCAGUGAGGCUGCCAGAGGAAGAACACC